AUAUGAAAUCAUUCCUUUCAAGACAGCCGACAAAACACGCGUGGGGGUGGCCCACGAGUGAGCGUUUUCCUUCUCGAGUUAUUUCCAGGGCUUGGGUACUUUUGGCACGACGCGCCCAUCCGCGAUCCGUUUGCGGUUCGACGCCGUCACGUCCGCGUGCGCGAACAAGGAGGCGUUUGUGCGCGCGCACAAGACAAAUCACAGGACCGGCCUGCUGCUUGCAAGCUCGCUGGGGAGGGACGCCCCCGCCCUCGUCCUUUUCAUCCGCCUGCCGAGCGAUCCCGCACUGCAGGGAUUCGAACAUGAGCGACGCGCAGGACCGCCCGGAAGACGCCACGCCGAACCCAAAAGAUGAAGAAGAAGACGAAAGCGUGCAGGAUGCUAACGUGGCGCUAGCCCAGGGCCUGCUGGCGGAGCUGCGGCGGGAGGACCGGCGGCUGGAGGAGAGCCUGCGGGCCCACCGGACCCAGGUGGACGAGAAGAUUAUGGGCCUCAAGAACUCGCUCAAUACUUUCAAGGAGGAGCUGAGCGCCGCGUUCUUCCACAUCCAGGACGUGUCCGACAGACAGCGAGAGCUGACCGAGCAGCUGGAGCAGCUGCAGGCGGACGCGCCCGUCGGGCUCGCGCGCCGCGGCAAAAGCCCCAAGUCGGACGCGCCGGGCGCACCUGAGGACGAGCGCGUCCGGGCGGCCGGCCAGUCGGAGCUCAGCGUCAUCCAGCGCUACUUUGCCGAGUCGCAGAGGAGCUUCGCGGCCGCGCAGUCGUCCGCCUGUGAGCAGCAGAAGCAACAGCGAUGUCCUUCAUCCCGAAAUCCGGCGUGGUGGGCCGACGGGAACGGCGGCGAGGACACCGACGGCCUCGAGGAAAACGGUCUGAGACAAAAGGCGGCCUUGGAACUGCUGGAGUCGGAGAGGAUCUACGUGUCGCAGUUGUCUCUGCUGCUGAAGGCCAACAUCACCUUCAACGGUUCCGAGGGGCUCGGCCCAAAGGACAAACGUCCCUUCCCCAGUUCCUUGAGGUUCCUGAUCCAGCAGCACUUGGACCUGCUGCACACCCUGCAGGAGCGAGUCCUCCGCUGCCAGUGGCAAGGCAUCAUGGGAGAUAUCUUCAUCAGGCUCACCAGCAAAGAGAGCGACUUCCUGGACUUGUACGUGUCCUACCUGCAGGAGCUGCCCGAGUGCCUGAACGUGGUCGGCAUGCUGACCUCCAACCCCGCCGCGACUUCGGCCUUCCUGGAGAGUGACAUCACGGGCGACCAAUCCAAACCCUCCCUGCCGACGUUGCUCCUCCAACCCGUGCACAGGAUCCCCGAAUACUUGCAGCUGCUGCAGGCUUUGCUGAGGCAGACGGACUCCUCGCACCCGGACCACGUCCUGCUGCUGCUGUGCAUCCAGCAGCUCCGCAACUUCUCCGGCCAGCAGCAGCACCUCCUGCAGCGCAACCAGGAGGUCAAAAGGUCGCCAACGAAGCAGAUUCUGCGGACCGUGGACGGCGGCCUUCAAGGUUCUUCGUACGUUCGGGGCAGCGCCCUCCUCGAGCACAGCAACCAGGCCAAACACAGCAAGCAGCGGCUCCUGGAGCAGAUCCAGUCCGGCCACCGCUUCCACGAACGGGAUCGCGAGCGCGAGCCCGAAGCCAGCUGUUACCGACCCGAGUGGGCGUACUACAGCCCCGAGGCGGACCCGCGCAAACACAAACCCGCAGGUCUGGGCAGCAUCCCCGAGAGCGACGCGUCCGAACGCUCCGGCCAGCACCCGCCGCUCUCCAGAAGUUCGGAAUUCCGGCAAGUCCAGCCGGGCUCGGCUCUGGCCGACGCCUUGGAGGAGUUCCUCCUUCCUCCCGACCCGCCCGGGAUGGAGCGCCUCUACGAGGACGACGGGGCCUCCCCGCACGAGGCGUCCGCGUUCGACUGCUGCUCCUCGGCCUCGUCCGACUCGUCCGUCGACAUCGCCUUCGUCAAGUGCCCCAAAGGUCCCGCCACGCCGUCGCGCCACCUGGCGACCGGCCGGGAUCUCUUUGGGAACGGCUACGACAAACCUGCCAACCGAGGGUGCGCCUCCCCGGACGCCGCCGCGCUGAUGCGCCAGGCUCACCAGCGCCCCCUUCAGCCCAGUCAGCGCAAAAAAAGCAAGUCGCUGAACGGCCUGCAGGUGGACGGCGCGGCCGAGCUGGAGCGCCAGGGCAGCAGGGGCAGCAGAGGGGGCGUCGCGCCGUCCCGCAAGAUCCACGGCUCGCCGGGGAACAGGAAGGACGGCGACAAGCCCGGCGAUGACCUUCACGGGCUGCUCGGCACGGACUCCGCCAUGCAGCCGUGGGGGGGCGAGGACGAGACCCACCACCACCACCACACGGCCUUCAGCGAGAGGAGCCGCAAGCAGGACAAGGGAGGCUUCAGGAGCUCCUUUAAGAAACUCUUCAAAAAGAAGGGCGGCGGCGAUGACAAGAAGGAGAAGGCAGCUGAGAAAGGGCAAGAAAAUCAACAAGCUGACGUCAGAGGCACUGCAGUGUGAACGCGUGCGUGGCCCGCAGUACGGACUGUACUUCACGCCGAACGCAAACAAAAGUACAAAGUUAUUCACGUUCCGCUUGGAAUUAUGACCGCACCUCAGAAACUAAAGACGGCCGUCCCAAAAAUGUCGCCACAAGAUGUCACCAAAGCGCUACUUUUGAUCGAACUAAAGUAGCGAUUUUAUUCAACCUGAACCCUAUUUCAGCGAAUGGUGGACUUUUGAUGCAAAUAGAGGAUGAAUUAAAGUCAACUGGAAAUAUUGAACCAGGAAUAAAUGGGGGCUCACUGGGCGUGGCAUCUGUAAAGCUGACAUGUAUUAAACAAUGCUUAAAUAUGCUCGAAAAUGUUAUGUGCGUAUUCGGGUGAAAAUUCACGUAUCGUUGGAGUCCCAAAAAUGCCAUAACUCAAUAGCGCCCCCCAGAAAAAGUACAACAGGACACACGCACACACACACAAAAAAAAAAGUCUGAAGGAAGACGAGGAAGCUGCACUUUUAUUCCAUAGCUCGUAUUUUGACAAAUUUCAACGAUAUAGAUUGCCUACGAGGUGUCGUGUACCUCGGUGUCAAAUUUUUAAGAUCAUUUGGAGGUUUCAACAAUGUACAAGUUUAAGCUCCAAUUUCGAUGUUAUGAUAUUGUAAACAUGCAGAAGUUUGUGUGUUGUUAUUUCUGAGCUAUUUAAAGAUAUGAAGCGCUGA